AACUCAUCUUCUAACCUAAUUCCACAUUUUAUUUCUGUCCCAACCCUUCUCCUAACCUAACGCUCUCACUCUCUUUUUUCACUUGCUAUGUGGACUUGCCUUCUUUGAUUUCUCAACUCUCUGGGUUUCUUCUUCUUCUUUUUAACCCACCCACCUUUUUCUUGAAAUGUUGCAAAUUAUUUCUGCAUUGUUUCUUCUUCUUCUUCUAGAUUUUUGUUUAGUUGACUUAAUUCAGUUCCCAUUUAUGAGACUUUUGUCAUUACUUUAGCUAGUCUCUUCAUAUCUUCAUUGUGUCUCUUAAAUUAUGGGUAUUAUCACUGCUCUGAGUUUGAGUUUGAUCAUUGUUUUGUUGGUAGUAAAUGCAUUAGCAAAAUCAGAUUUUGAAGCACUUUUAGAGCUGAAGAAAAGCAUUCAAAAGGACCCAUCAGCCCAAGUUCUUGAUUCAUGGGACUCUAACUCUUUAGCAUCUGAUGGGUGUCCCAAGAAUUGGUUCGGGGUUACUUGUAGUGAUGGGCAUGUAACAUCUAUUAUUCUCAAUGAUGUGGGUCUGCUUGGGAAUUUUAGUUUCACUCAUAUUAUAGGCCUUAAAAUGGUACGCAAUUUAUCACUUUCAAACAAUCAAUUCAUGGGGACUAUCACAAACAUUGCCUCCCUUCAAUCUCUUGAGUUUUUGGAUCUCUCCAGGAAUAUGUUUCAUGGGUUUAUACCCUCUAACAUUGAUAAAUUGAAGAAUUUAGUGCUUCUGAAUCUUUCUUCAAACAGUUUCCAAGGUACAGUUCCUUCUGGUUUCAACAAUCUUGAGAAGUUGAAGUACUUAGAUUUGCGGGGUAACGGAUUUAAUGGGGAUAUUAUGCAUUUUGUAUCCCAGUUGGCUAGCCUGGUACAUUUCGAUCUCAGCAGUAAUAAAUUCUCUGGUUCACUGGACUUGGGGCUUGGAAACUCUAGUUUUAUUUCUUCAAUUCAGUAUUUAAAUAUCAGCUACAAUUCUUUAGUUGGAGAGCUCUUUGCUCAUGAUGGAAUGCCGUAUUUCGACAGUUUAGAGGUGUUUGAUGCUAGUAAUAAUCAGUUAUUGGGUAAUAUACCUUCCUUCAACUUUGUUGUCUCUCUUCGGAUUCUACAGCUUGGAAGCAAUCAGUUGUCAGGGUCUCUACCAGAAGCUCUUUUUCAAGAAAGCUCAAUGAUGUUAUCUGAACUGGAUCUCAGCCUUAAUCAGCUUGAAGGUCCAGUUGGAAGUAUAACGUCUGCAACCUUAAAGAAGGUUAAUUUAUCAUCAAAUAAGUUAUCAGGCUCCUUACCUCUUAAGGUUGGACACUGUGCCAUUGUAGAUUUGAGUAAUAAUAGACUCUCUGGGAAUUUUUCCAGAAUGCAGAGUUGGGGAAAUUAUGUGGAAGUUAUUCAUUUGAGUUCUAACUCAUUGUCUGGAACUUUGCCAAAUGAAACUUCUCAGUUCUUGAGGCUGACUUCAUUCAAGGUAUCCAACAACUCAUUAGAGGGUGUUCUCCCGGCCGUUCUGGGAACAUAUCCAGAACUAAAAGUUAUUGAUCUUAGCCUCAACCAUCUUAAUGGGUUCCUCCUUCCAAGCUUCUUGAACUCCACAACACUGACCGAUAUUAAUCUGUCAGGCAACAACUUUACUGGGCCAUUACCUCUUCAAGAAACCAAAACUACUCCUUCAGUAAGUUCUGCCCCAAGUUUGAGCCUACAGUCUAUUGAUUUGUCUUAUAACUCAUUAAGUGGUCAGCUGCUCCCAGAGAUCAGUAAAUUUCAUAACUUGUUGUACCUAAAUCUUUCCAACAACAAAUUUGAGGGUAGCAUUCCUGAUGGCCUUCCAGAUGUCCUAAAGGGACUCAAUGUUUCUUUUAAUAAUCUCUCUGGUGUGGUACCUUAUAACUUAAGGCGGUUUCCUGAUUCAGCAUUCCAUCCUGGAAAUUCCUUGCUGAGUUUUCCUUAUUCACAACUGUCACCAGGUGCUCCAGACCUGACUAUGAGUGAGCAUGGAAAUCAUAUGAAACCUGCUACUAAAAUUGCCCUGAUUGCAGGUUUAGUUGGUGGUCUUACUAUAGUUGCUAUUUUAUGCAUUAUGAUAUAUUGCGUCCCCUGGCUGAAACAUAGGAUGAUCAGUUUGAAUAGAGAUGGGGAAAAGAAAGAUGUUCCUCAAGGGGGUUCUUCUCUUUCUCAUACGUCAGUGCUUAACAAAAAAGUCGACCCAUCAUUAUCUUCAUUUGGCUUCAAUGAAGAUCUUUUACCAUCAUCCCGAAUGGUGUCUGCAUAUGAUUCUGGGGACACUUCAUCAGUUGUAAAGCCUAAAGAUACUUGCUAUCGUGAAUCAAUAAAGAAAGACGAAGGGUUAUCUUCCCCCUUGUCCAUAUUGUCGUCUUCAAAUCCAUCACCUUCUAAACACCAAAUUGACUCCAAGAAUCCUGAAGUGCUCAAGGUCUGUUCUCCUGACAAAUUAGCUGGGGAUUUACAUCUUUUUGAUGGUUCCCUGGUGUUCACUGCAGAAGAACUUUCACAUGCUCCAGCAGAAGUCAUUGGAAGAAGCUGUCAUGGAACUUUAUACAAAGCUACACUUGACUCUGGUAAUUUAAUGGCUGUCAAAUGGUUUAGGGAAGGGAUAGCAAAAGGGAGAAAAGAAUUUGCAAGGGAAGUAAAGAAACUUGGGAACAUCAAACAUCCAAAUUUAGUUUCCCUUCGGGGUUACUACUGGGGUCCAAAGGAGCAUGAGAAACUAAUCAUAUCCAAUUAUAUUAAUGCACAAUCUUUGUCCCUCUAUCUUAAAGAAACAGAUCCAAGAAAGCUCCCACCCUUGUCUAUUGAUUUACGGCUCCGAGUUGCUGUAGAUGUGGCACGAUGUCUUAACUACCUACACAAUGAGAGAGCAAUACCCCAUGGGAACCUCAAAUCCUCUAACAUCUUGUUAGAAACUCCUAAUAUGAAUGCACUCCUCACCGAUUAUAGUCUUCACCGGAUAUUGACAUCAGCUGGCACAGCUGAGCAAGUUUUGAAUGCAGGUGCUCUUGGCUAUAGGCCACCUGAAUUCGCUAGCUCAAGUAAACCACUCCCAUCACUAAAGAGUGAUGUCUACGCAUUUGGAGUUAUCUUGCUGGAGCUGCUCACUGGUAAGAGUUCCGGGGAGAUUGUUUGUGGGGAUCCAAGAGUAGUUGAUUUGACAGACUGGGUUAGGUUAUUGGCUAUCGAAAAUCGCUCAGGCAAGUGCUUUGACAAUGUGAUUAUGGACAGGCAUGAUGUGGAGCACCCACCUAGAGUUCUAGAUGAAAUGCUUCAAGUGGCUCUCAGAUGUAUACUACCAGCGUCCGAGAGACCUGAUAUGAAGUCGGUUUUUGAAGAUCUCUCGACGAUUGUGUUAGAAGAGGCCAGCCAAGGUAAAUAAAAACUCUUAACUGCUUCAUCCCAUAUUCCAUUUAUUGGUUUAUUCCUUAGAUAAUUUUGAUUGUAUGAUUAUAAUCUGAAAUUGUAAGUUUCAAACAGCAUUUCC